UCGUGAAUAUAAUCAAUGGUUGUUCAAGCGAAACGAUGUUCGAUAGUUUAUUUCUGUUUUUUUUUUUGUAUUUAAGCUUAUAAUAAUGUUUGUUUAUAUCUGUUACUAUAUAUAAUUUUUACUUGUGGAUUAAUCUAAUUGAUAAAUAUAUGCUACAUUAAUUUUUUUGUUAUGUUAAUUCAUUUAAGAUGUUUUCAAAUAUUCGAAAAUGUGAAACAGAUAUCAAUGUAAUAUUGGAUGAACAUCUGACUAGUGAUUCGUGCACAAAACUUAUUAUCGAAUUUAUAAAAUAUGUAUUAUACCAAAAACAACAAAUACCGUUUACAUAUGAUUCCUUGGUGCACUUACAAGCCAGGACUAAAAAAUCGGACAGAAAUUCAUCAUUCAUCAAAACAUUAUUAAAUUCCUUAACAAAUGUGUCUGAUCACUUAUCUUCCGAAUUACUUCUUAAAGAUUGCGAAGUUAAGGAAAUUUUAAUCAUUGUUGGUCCAACGAUAAUAUCACCGAAGCUACAAAUUACAUUGGAAUUACCAACACAUAUUCUUGAUAGUUUGUGUCAUAUAGAGUGUAAACAUUCUUCGCAGAAACCUCUUCUUAAUCUAAUGAGAUCAAUGAUGGAAUGUACAGAAUUUCAAGAUGCUAUGACUUUACCUUUAGGACCUACAAACACAUUUCUUUUAUUACAAAAAAGUCAUAAUAAUAGUAUAUCUAAUUUCUUUCUACCAAAACCACAUUAUAUACCUUCAAUACAGACAUCACAAACUUUUAGAAUCAAGUUGCUAUAUAAUAAUCAACUUGAUAUAGAUUGUAAUUGUAGAAAUUUAGUCAAAGUGUAUCGUGAACUUACCAAUCCUUGUAAAAAUGACUCGACUAUGCAAUGCGAGAAACAGUCCAACGAACAAAUUGUACAAGCACCUUUUCUAUGGUAUCAAUCUAGGGAAGUAAUUAAAGGAUUCAAAUAUGUUAGAUAACUUUAAAUUUGUAAUAAGGAUGAAAAGUAUUUAUAGUCUAAUUUUAUAUUUUUAUCAUAUAAAUUUCAUAAUCUUGCUCA